CAAAAAAGCACCAAUAAAGAACAAACAACUCCCACCCUGACCCCUUUUUUUUCUUUUUAAUAGUUUUGGACGGGGUUGGGUCUUUGUCCCAGUGGUGUGUAAGCCAGAAACAGUCUGAACUCUGUGGCUUUCCACCUACAUCCUUCCCCAGGGGGUUGUUUGUAUCCAAAUUCCUUAGAAACGACAACCUUCAAAAUGUCCAUCGACCUUAACAUCGCCAUGGAACAUAAACAUUGUAAAAUAUUCUGACAACAAGUUUAAAACCCUCAAUUUGAAGGAAUAAAUCUUCUAAGUCUUCUGGUCUUGAAGCAGAAGUUUGAGAUUAAACUCUAUUAUAGUUAAAGUUAACACAAAAUUUGGUCCAUCAAUGUGUUUAAAUUGGGUUCAUUGAAACGAGGCUGAGGAGAACCUUCUUCAAAUCAGAAACGUUUUACCUCCUUACUCAACAAAGCCCCUCUCCAAACACUGGCAGUGAUUCCUUAAGGCCCGGUUGUGACCGAGGACAAGAUUCAGGAGGCCAAGCUAUUCUACCAGAUGCAUUUCAAACAGGCUGUGUUUGAUGAAGAGGGCUGGAGAAAAGUCCUAGAGAAACACAAUGGUCGCCUUCCUAUUCGCAUCAAAGCGGUUCCAGAGGGGAAGAUCAUACCAAGAGGCAACGUUUUAUUUACUGUGGAAAAUACAGAUCAGGAUUUCUACUGGCUCACCAACUACAUUGAGACCAUGCUGGUGCAGAUGUGGUAUCCCAUCACAGUAGCUACCAUAUCCAGAGAGUUUAAGAAGAUUCUGGCCAAACACCUGAAAGCUACUUCAGGGAGUCUGGAGGGCCUGGAGCUGAAGCUGCAUGACUUCGGCUACAGAGGAGUCUCAUCCCAGGAGUCUGCAGCAUUGGGUGGAGCCGCUCACCUGGUUAAUUUCUGCGGUACAGACACGAUAGCCGGAGUAUUGAUGGCUCAGCGGUAUUACGGCUGUCCAAUGGCUGGCUUCUCCAUUCCAGCGGCUGAACACAGUACGAUCAUAUCCUGGGGGAAGAACAAGGAGAAGGAGGCAUUUGAGAGGAUCCUGGACCAGUUUCUGUCGGGACCAGUGUCGGUGGUCAGUGACAGCUACGACAUCUUCAAUGCCUGCAAACACAUCUGGGGAGAUAAGCUAAAGGAACGGGUGAUGGAGCGCAGUGAGGACUCCUGUCUGGUGAUCAGGCCCGAUUCUGGAGACCCAGCAGAGACUCUAAUUGAGGUCAUCAAGAUUUUAGGAGAGUGUUUUGGCUACAGUCUGAACUCGAUGGGAUAUAAGGUUCUUCCAUCUUACCUGCGGAUCAUCCAAGGGGAUGGCAUUGACCUCAGCUCAGUAGAUCAGAUUCUUGCUAAGCUGAGUGAUGAAGGGUGGAGUGCUGAGAAUGUGCUUUUUGGCUGUGGCAGCUCCUUGCUUCAGAAGCUGAACAGAGAUACACUUAGCUGUGCCUUCAAGUGCAGCUAUGUAGAGACCAAUGGCAAAGGGAUGGAUGUGUGCAAGCAGCCAGUGACCGACCCGUCCAAGGGGUCGAAGCGGGGCCGAUUAUCGCUGAGGAGAAACUCGGACGGCUUCCUCGAGACGAUAGAGAGAGGAGCAGGCAAACCCGAGGAGGACCUCCUAGUGACUGUUUUUGAAAACGGCAGCCUGCUGCAGGACUACUCUCUGGACGAGAUCAGAAAAAAUGCUCUGCUUCAGGACGACGAGCCAAACCCAAACCUGUACAACCACGAACGGGAGCUGCUGCACAACCACAUCAUCAGCAGCAUCCAUUAGAACACCCGGACGACUCGUAGGACUCCCGGUACUCUGGGCACAACGGGGAGUGGCGGCACACAGACUAGCAAUUUUUUUUAAAGCACCGACUACAUGAUGAAACUCUGGAUUAGUCACUGCCAAGAGCCACCAACAACCCACCACUGCAACCUUCAUUUCGGAGAGCCACAACAUGUCUGUGUUCACGUCCAUCUGCUUCCCUCACUCCCGUACCUCUUGCACAAUCACCUGGUGUUCCAUUACGCUGCAGCAGUGAACACAACGCAGCGUUGUCUUUACACUAAACGUGACCAACUGAAACUCAGGUUCAGGUAUAAGCUAAGUUACUCAUUUCCAAAAAUGUCUUGUGCUCCUAUUGAGUUCUACGUCAGAAGUAGACCAAUAUAUCAGCUCGACACAGGAAACAUUUGCAAUUGUUGUGCAUCAGCCGAUGUUCCAGUGAAGUUUGGUCCCGUUACUCUCUGGUGGACAUUUAUAGAGCCGGAAGUUUGUGAAUGAUGAAGAGCCAUAAAAAAUGAAAAUAUCUGGCCUUUCUUACUGGCCGGCAGUGUUACAGCACCGUGUCAUAACAUUUUCUUAUCUUCAUCAAUCUUUGAAAGCAAAUCCUGCCACAAUUCAACUCUGGAAUAUAAAUGUGAUUCUUAAAGCUGCUUUUUACGUCAACAUGCAUCUCGUUUUACCAACUUCAGUCUGUUUAUUUUAGUGUUCAUGUGAAAUAACGAAGUUUUAAGUAUUUUUUUUAAGUGCAGGAAAUGACUAUGAAAUAAUACAGUUGGAUCAUAACGGCAGUUUAUGUUCAUACCAUUAGGCAGGCAUGUACUUUGUAAUGUUGCUCUGUCCAGAACCCCAAAGUAUCAAUUUUCUAUUAUUCCAUAAAACUUAAGUUGUCAUAGAAAUGCAAUUUUUUUUUUUUUAUGUGAAAUGAAAUGUUUUGUAAAUGUCAUUUCAGUAAUACUGACUAAAUGCUUUCAUGGGAGUUCAGUCCUCAUCCAUUUCAGGUCUUCAGUCACAGCCUCUUACACCCUUCUGGCUCUUAAAGGAACAGCGCUUUGCUGCGUAGAAACCCAUUGCAAUUAUUACGUUUUGUACCAAAAAGUACUGUGUAGUCAGCAGCUUAUCAAGGGAAAAACUGAAAUCUGUGUUAAAAGAAUAACACAGAUACUUCUAUCACAACCUUCUUAAUACAUACUUAACAUUGAGCUUAAUUAGAAAGCCAUGCUACUGCAAGCUGUUUAGAUAAUAGACCAAGCAGAGAUUUUAUUGUCUUUAGCUAAUAUUUCCCAUUUUUCAGCCACGAUCCUAUGUCACCAUGGUUACAACAGUCUCUGUUUAAUCAUGACCACAGAAGACCAGCUAACUCACAUUUACCUUUGAGUUGCUCUUGCUGGUUUAAAGUGCUAACAUGUUAACAUGUUAGCUUUGGGGACUGGACUCGGGCAUUGCUGCUGUUGUGGAAGGAAAACUAAAAGGUCACAUCCAGUUAGAAUAAAGCGUGUUUUUAAAGAGAAGCUGGGACAUUACACAAGUGCUUUUAUUAAACCUACACAGCUCAAUAUUAUGGCUGUACUUUUUAAUUGUAUAAAAUUAUAUUUAUUUACCAAGUAUUUUGAAAAGGUGUAGCGCUCAUCUGGUUUUCUGAUUAAAAAUGCCUGAUUGACAUCUAUACCACAAACCUGUGUUCAACAUAUGGCCUCAUGUUUUCACACCCUAUAAUGUUGCCAGUUUGUCACUGAUUGUACAUUCUGAUUCAAUGUAUAGUAGAACUGCCAUAGCUUUGAUUACCAGUAUGUGAUGUUUUGUUUGAGGUUAGUGUUUUAUUUGGGCAUUUAAUCUUUAACUUGAAGCUGAUUGGAAACAUUAUGAUUGUUUAACCCCUUCCUGUUUGCUGUGUUGAUCUGAGAAAAACAGCCAGUUUGUUUUGCUACAUACUGCUUGAAAAGAUUGAUUUAAUAUUAAACAUUAAUUACUGAGUGAAAUGUAAGUUUGCGUUUGACAUCCACAGAACAUAUUUUGUUAACUGAUGUAAUGUUUAAGUUAGCUUAAACAUAAGCUAACCUUUGGUUAAUGAAUGGCAAAUGAACAAAUUGACUGACCAAUUUGUUGUGUCCACAGCUAUU